UUUUACUCGUUAUAAAAAUACUGAAUGGAAGACCAAUAUUUUCGAGUUCGUUCGACGAAACGAAACCAUAGCCUCCUCCUCACAGACAAAAUGUUUACUUAUGUUAACGUUAAUCAAUAUUUAUAAAGCACUAAAAGUUGACAAUAAUAUGCGAAAAUGCUAGUAUACAUUUUGAUCUAAUCACUGAAAAGUGAUUAUUUUUAUCUGGCAUAAUCAUUCGCUUAUUUACUUCAAUCAUCAAAGUUGCGCGCGAGCCGCAAUCAUCAAUUCUCAAUAUCAAGAAUAUUUUUUAUAGAACGUGCCGACUUUAAGAACACUGAAAUUACUUCCAUUGUAUUCCGUUUUGCUGUUAUCGUUGUUUCCUCGUUUGAUUUUACGUGAUGGCAUGAAAUACUUUGUUUUCUCUAGGUAGUGAUGGAACAAGGAAACAAUUCAUCAGCGGGAAUACCAAUCCAACAAUGCGCAAAAUGCGAAUACACUCAGACUGAGCAACACAUUAUCUCUGUCGCAUUCUUCGUUGUCAUGGCAGCCUCACUUCUUGGAAACUGCCUUGUCUGCUAUCUCAUUUUGUUCCAGGAACACCUUCGUAAAAUGGCCAACCUUUCUACUCUGAACCUAGCGAUAUCUGACCUGCUGAUAACUUCCAUCUGCCUCCCGAUUCAAACCAUACACGUGUACCUAGCGAAGGAGUGGAUUUUUGGCUCAGCAAUGUGUAAAGUCAGCCCUUUUUUUAUGAAAGCAGCAUCAACAUCUUCUAUUCUCAACAUUUUUGUGAGCUCUUUGGAAAAAUUCCUUGUGGUGUGUUUUCCACUUUGUUUUCAGAGAAUCAAGAAGUAUUUUAGCCUUAAUAUGCUAGCAGUAUGGGUUUUAUCUUUCGCUCUCCCAAUACCGUCGAUCAUCUACAAACGGCUGGAUUAUUUUCCUGCAUACAAGAAAAUGCUUUGUUGGUCUGCUUAUCCCGAAGGCAUGGAAUCUAAUUUGUACGUCUUCCGAGUAAUCAUGUUCAUCGGUCCCCUUCUAGUGACAAUGCUUCUUCUUGGAAUCACUAUCAAUCAGUUGAAAAGAGAUAACCCGAAUUUCUGCGCGGAUUUCCGAAAUUCUCGCGCCAUGCGCAAUAUCCGUGUUAGUCGGCGCAAGGCAGCUAACGUGCUCCUUGCCAAUGGCGUUUCAUUUCUUCUUUGCUGGUCGCCGUUGUAUUUCACUCAUUUCUUGAGGGGGAGCAUAUUCAACGAAGAAACAGAGGAUGUUAUCCGGAUCCGGAAUAUAACCCACACGGUGGAAACUAUGUUGUUUUUCGCGUGUACCCUCGCGCAUCCAGUAAUCUUUUUUUCUAUGACUCCGAAUGGACAGCACUUUUGUAGAAAACUAUUCAAGUGUAAACGUCAAAAGGAAAAUAUUUCAAAUAACAUGAUACAGCUACAGAACCUUGAUAAGAAAUUAUUGUCACCUUCAAUGGAUGAAGACGAGAAAACGUAAAAUGCGCAACAUCUGUGUGAGCCUUAUUGCCACUAGCAAUGCGACGUCGCCCAUCUCGGAAUAAGCGAUCAUUCUAUUGUUUAUGUUACUCGCUCGCAUGUGAAUUAACUUGACUGAAGUGCGCACUCGACGAGAAAAUGUUUCUCAGGGGCCUCGAAAACAUAAGUUGGUCCUCAAUCACGCAGCACGCUGACCCGAAUAAAAUGUGGGUAGACUGUAAGACUAUGUUGACGAAGGUCCUUGAUAAACACGAAGAAAUAAAAAAAAAACAAUUAAAAAAACAAGAUGUCCUAAUGGAUUAAUCCAGAACAUUAAAUAAAAAUGUUUAUAGUCUUAUCUCGCAAUAAUAGAAUACAGAUGUUCUCAGUUAGUGGACUAAGAUAUCAAAGAAUCGCACCAUAGCAUGAACUGUGUAAGAAAACCUAGUUGAAAUAGAAAAAAAUAUAUUUGUGUACCAUA